AUUGAGAAUUGGGCUGGAGACUUCUGCAAAGGGGGAGACGCAGCGGGCAGAGAGAAAAAAACGUAACCGUACUUGUAUCCAUAAGAAUAUUGUACUGUCUGAUGCGCGGGUGCUUAUAAGGAACCGGCGAAUCCGAAAAACCUUUGCAGAUUACGCUGUAAUUUUUUUUUUCUUUAUUGGCGGGCGGGCGGCAGGGGGAAAAAUUGCACAGAAAGCCAGAGCAACAACAAGUGGCGGACGCCGCUCGCAGCCCGAGUGACUUUUGGAUGCCCAAACUACACAAGGCGAUGAGAGGCAGCGGCUUGGUGCGUGCGUGAGCCGGAGCGGGAGGGGGCGACGCCUCUAGGCAAGAGGCGCAGCGCAUCUCCUUUGUCAAUAGCAACAGUCUGCUCAGGGCGAGAGAUUAUUUUGAACGGGCGAUUUGCAACAAUUGUUCAGCGGGCAAGGCUGGACUGCGAAAGGACAGCAAGCGCACAAGCAUCCCUAAACUGAUACCAUAAAAGACAAGCCCCAAAUCUCCUCCCCCUCCUCCGCUUGACUUCUACCGAAACCUGGAUUUUCCUCGCUGAUGGCUCUAUCCUGCCGAGAACAAAGCCGAAAGAAGUGAUCGCUUGGCUCGCCUGCCCUCAGGUCCAGACCCAAACUCGGGCUGGUCGCCCACCAGGAGCUGGUCUCGCUUCGCGCAGAAGAGACGCGAAGAAAAUCAAUCACUCCUUCGCCUAUAGCUCCCCCCCCCUCCAUUCCUUGAGCCUUACACCUGUGAAAACAGGUUGCUCUGAGAAACCUCGCUUUUUUCCCUCUCGAUCUCGCUCGCUUUCCAGAGCCUUAUAAUGGAACCGCGCUGCUUUUUUUGUGCCUACAGCGGUUAAGAGCUUCUACUGCAGGAGAAUAACCAAAGGGUGAUCCAGCCUCUCGUCUCCAAUGGAGAAUGCAGCAGAAAUGUCUUUUCAACUAUCUCCUCCCCCUCCUUUGCCUGCUGUAAUUCCUUUUGCCCUGGAUGAUGUCCUCCCAAAUUUAAGUCACUGCUGACAGACUGGUGAAAGUGGGUGUGCUAAGACCUCCUCACUGUGGAAACCAAGCGAUAUUUGGAAGCCCUUCAAUCCUCUAAAUAACAGUUUUCAUCAGAAAUCAGAUCACUGGGCCAAAGCAUUUGAUGGAGGUGAAUUCUGAGAAUAGUGGCUAUUUUGCACACACUUGUUUUCAAGAACUAAAAAGCUGACACUUCUGAACCGCUAUCUUGCUGACUUUGCUUAGGUUCAUUCCUUACUAGCAGCUUCAUGGAAAAUCAUGAGCUCAAAUUUGUGGAUUUUACACAGACCACUGAAGAAUCCCAGAAGCAAUGGAAUAUCCAAUGUAAAAGGGCAAGAUCCAGCAAAAUGUCCUAAGAACAUUGGAAGACUAUUCAUUUUGCUGUACUUGUCCAAACAGCUGUCAGUAAUUUGUGUCAAACCUUUUGAGCGCAAGGAAAAUGGAACACUUGCCUUUUGGAAACAAUACAGGUUUGCUAAUAGGCUGCAACAAUGUUUCCAAAGAAUUGUUUCCCAAAUCUAAUGGGUCUUGAAGUUCCAAUGCAAAACAUCCAGUGGUGACUAUUGACAAAUCAGACAUUUCUCUUUUCUUCUUGAGUCUUUUAAGCAAACAGAUACACCAUGGAGGUUGCAAUGGUUAGUGCAGAAAGCUCUGGGUGCAACAGCCACAUGCCAUAUGGAUUUGCGGCCCAGGCAAGAGCCAGAGAAAGAGAACGACUGGCACAGUCCAGAGCAGCAGCAGCUGCUGCUGUAGCAGCUGCAACAGCAGCUGUAGAAACAGGGGCUUCUGGAGGAGGAGGACCUUAUCAUCAUUAUCAUCAAGAACAGGGUCGUGGGGCUUCCUCCUCUUCCUGUGGCAGCAAUGCAACCCACAGGGAACAUCACCAGAGCAGUAAAAGAAGAAAGCAAAGAACGAAGAAGAGACAUUAUCUUGGUGGCAGAGAGUUUGGUGCCUCCUUCCCUUGCUCUGAAUUGCUGCCCCUCAGUGGUUCUGAGGAGAAGAUCCUGAAAGACUUGAGUGAGGAAGAUGAGGAAGAUGGUGAUGAAGAUGGGGAAGAUGAGGAAGAUGAGGAAGAAAAGGUCUACAGUGAUGAAGGGGGUGAAGAUGAGUAUUCCUAUUCAGACCAGCCACCUGAUGAUGGAGCUGGACCUGGGGGCUACACUGCGGUUCGCUAUAGUGAGUAUGAGUGCUGUGAAAGGGUUGUAAUCAAUGUUUCAGGCUUGCGAUUUGAAACACAGCUGAAGACCUUGGCUCAAUUCCCUGAGACAUUGCUGGGUGAUCCAGCAAAACGAGGCAGAUUCUUUGACCCACUCCGGAAUGAGUAUUUCUUUGAUAGGAACCGGCCCAGCUUUGAUGCAAUUCUUUACUAUUACCAGUCUGGUGGGAGACUGAAAAGGCCUGUUAAUGUACCCUUUGACAUCUUCAGUGAGGAAGUGAAAUUCUAUGAACUUGGAGAGGAGGCCAUGCUAAAGUUCAGGGAAGAUGAAGGUUUUGUGAAGGAAGAGGAUGACAAAGUGUUGCCUGAGAAUGAAUUUAAGAAGCAAAUUUGGCUGCUUUUUGAGUACCCCGAGAGCUCCAGCCCAGCCCGAGUCAUCGCCAUUGUGUCGGUUUUGGUCAUCUUAAUCUCCAUUGUAAUUUUCUGUCUGGAGACCCUGCCAGAAUUCAGAGAUGAAAAAGAGCUUAUUUUGACCUUAAACCUGGAGAAUGAUAAUGAGACAUUACAACUGCAAGGUGGAGGGCACACUAUAUUUAAUGAUCCCUUUUUCAUUGUGGAAACUGUUUGCAUCAUUUGGUUCUCUUUUGAGUUUACAGUGCGUUGUUUUGCUUGCCCCAGCAAAGCAGCCUUCUUCAAGAACAUCAUGAACAUCAUAGACAUUGUCUCCAUUUUGCCUUAUUUCAUCACCCUGGGCACAGACUUGGCCCAGCAACAGGGCAGUAACGGUCAACAGGCCAUGUCUUUUGCUAUACUGAGGAUCAUUCGUCUUGUCAGGGUGUUUCGUAUCUUCAAACUCUCCAGACACUCUAAGGGUUUGCAGAUCCUGGGUCACACGCUCAGGGCUAGCAUGAGGGAACUCGGGCUGUUGAUCUUCUUCCUUUUUAUUGGAGUCAUUUUAUUUUCCAGUGCUGUUUAUUUUGCAGAAGCUGAUGAGUCUGCCACCCAUUUUCAAAGCAUCCCAGAUGCCUUUUGGUGGGCUGUUGUGACCAUGACUACUGUUGGUUAUGGGGACAUGAAACCCAUAACAGUGGGUGGGAAAAUAGUUGGGUCCCUGUGUGCCAUUGCAGGUGUGUUAACUAUUGCUUUACCAGUGCCAGUGAUUGUCUCCAACUUUAACUAUUUUUAUCACAGAGAGACUGAAAACGAUGAACAGACCCAGCUGACACAAAAUGCUGUCAGUUGUCCAUACCUUCCAACAAUACUAAAGAAAUUCCGAAGCUCGUCAUCUUCUUCUACAGAGGACAAAUCAGAGUAUUUGGAGAUGGAAGAAGGGAUUAAAGAGUCUCUUUGUGUAAAGGAGAAAAAAUGUCAGGUCACAGGAAAUGGCAAUGAGACAGCAAAACAGAACUGUAUCAAUGCAAAAUCUGUGGAAACGGAUGUUUAACUUUGACUGUUUCCAAACCUAUUUAUGCAUUAAGGAAUGCAUUGGUUAAAAAAACAAAAUAUGCAAACAGGAGUCUAAACAAGCAUAUAGAAAUAUGCCAUUUACUGGUUAAAUAUGAAUAAAAAGGCAUUAGUUAACUUGUAUUACAUAUCAAGUAAAUGAUAUAACUUAUGGAGGGGGCUUUACCUGAAGUAGUUUCAAAGUCUAUAUUUUUACUAGAAUGCAGGUGUUUUGCACAUGAAGGAGAUUAUUUUACUUUUAAGAAUGGUGUGUUUAACUGCCCACCCCACUCACUACCCAGUGGUAAAAGUUGGCAUUUAAAGGUAUUUACUAUGUAAGAAACAAUGAAGUUCAGUAGCCAUGUAUUCAUUUGUUAAUGCUUUAAGAACAGCUACCAUAAUUCAGUGGAUUCCAUAGUCUUUUAUUUGAAAAUGCUAAAUAUGGUGGUGGGGAAAAAGUUACUCUAUAGGAAGACCAAAUUUAAUCUUAUAAUAUUUAAAGUGGUUUUUUAAAAAACAACAACUGGAUAUCCAGUUCUUGAAGAGGCUGCUGAACCCGCAGAAAUGGUUUAUUUUUGUACCACUCUUUUGGAGGCAUUGCAGCAUUUGUUGAGUAAUACAUAGAAGAACUGAACAAAGAAAAUCAUUCGACAUGGUCUGGCUGUGGAGGCAAACUGACUGGAUUGCUUUUUUUGCACUACUUUAUAUGCUGGAGAUAUUCUGACAGAAACUUCAUACUGUGAAUGUUUACUAAUGUUCAAUGACAAUCAUUGGAAGAGUGAAUCCUGCCUGUUUAUUUUCUUGUAUUUUUCUGUGUGUGAUGCUGAUUGGCUACGCGACUAACAUUACAUGAAUUCCAUAGUCUUUAAUUAUGAUUAUCUGUGAUAUGGAAAAAAGGAUUGUGAAGUAAAAUUUUAUAAUCAUUUUUCCCUAAAUCAGUCUUUUCCAAACCAUCAGACCAAAACUAAUGCACAAUUUCAUUCACUUGGCUUCUUUAAGAAAUUUUUUAAAAAUAAGGUGUGUAUGUGUGUAUGCGUGUGCAUGUAGCAGGGGAUAGUGAUCAAAAAAGGUUUUGAUCAAUAGUUACAGUGAAUAUAAAAUGGAUAUAGUGCCAGAAAGAUGCCACAAGAUCAGUGUUAUAUUUUCUUUCAAAUUCAAUAUUCAGAAUCCACAGUUUAUGAUAUUGGUUAAAUAUUUCAGAAAGUUUGAAGGGUCUUGAAAUAGUAAUACAACGUUGAACUGGGCCUUAAUUGGCAUUAGUAAUCUCUGGUUUGCGAAUGUGGUUUGGGGUUCCUCUCUUUUCUCUGCUUUUAAUUAUUACAUGCAGUCUUCUGUUAGGGGCUGAUUUUUCUUAAGGUUAAGAAGAGGAAUUAUGAGACUCAGAAUUAACAUUGUUACAGUGUAGGAAGUUUGAAAGUUAAAUGUAUUCAACCAGUUUUACUCCUGCACUGGGCAAUGCUUCAUCCCCUCAGGAUGUUCUCUUUCAUAGGCAAUGGAAGCAGUAACAUAACAAUGGGUCAACAGUGAGAUCCAGAACCUAAGAAGACAUUCUUCAGCAUGAUGUAUACUUGCUGAGGAAAAAUAGAAACAUUGUUGUAUCUAGAAUUAUUGAUGAUAGGCAAUUUGAGUCUGGAAUGAGUUUGGCAGAAAAACUGUAAAAUUCUGGGUUAUUCAAGUCACUUCAUUCUGUUCAUACAGGAACCUUGAGAUACAGAGUUAAUGUUUCAAUGACUAAAAGCCAGCUAUAAAUUAAGCAAUUUGUGUACCAAAACAGUUAUGGGAUAGUCUAGAAAUGUAGGAUUUUGGAUGAAUAGAACAGGUGAAAAUUCCAGAAUUGAAAGAAGACUUCCUCAAGGCAAAAGACUAGAUUAUCCAUGGUAUGUUUUUUGUGCCAUCUUGUCAUAACUUUUAUUUUUUUUAAUGGUCAAAAAGGCUGCAGUGUUUGGCUAUUAAUAAGUUAGAUAAGUCUUUUUAAAAUCUUUUGUUUAGUUCAAAAUGCGUUCAGAAUUAAUCAGGCUGCUGACAUUCUAAAAUGUUGAUUAUGUUUAUGUCAGUAUUUACUAUGGGUGUUAAGUAGAAAAAAGAUUUUAUGAAAAAUCUUAUGAAAAUUUUAUGAAAAAGAUGCAAAUUUUUAGAAGAAAGAUGCAAAUUUUUUGGAAACCUUAUUUGAUCUGGGACCUAAAAUGAUAUACACAUACAUCUUCUAAUAUCAAAGUAGAAUGUUUUUCUUCUUUAGAACUAUUGUUUUAUUCAUAUGUAAACUAAUGCAGAUUUCAGUCAAUUACUUGAUUGUCAUUACUAACAGUGUCAACCUAAGCAAAGUUGCAUUCUUCUAAGCCCAAUAAAAAUGUGAAAAACUCAUACAAUUAGGGAGUAAUCUUAUAUACUUUUACUCAAAAAAUAAGUCCUGAUUUAUUCAACGGGUCUUACUCUCAGGAAGUGUUUUAGGAUUGCAGUCUUAUAGUAGAAUCCAGAUGGGGCGUGUGUCAGCCAUGGACAGCGCUGCAAAGGUAGUGCUAUGCCACCUUCACAGGGGUUUCAGGCAUCACAGAAAGGAGGAAACAUUUAAAUUUAUUUAGCUGCUCAAAUCACCACACAGGACAAACAAGCUUACACUGCAGUUCUGUGUGGCACAAAUAUGCAGGGCCAGGGGCCAGCAUUCCCAGGAUGGAACACUGGUGGAAGCCAAAUAAUGUCAGCUCCACCCCUGGGAACACACCGUCCCUCCAUUCACUGGCAUCUGCUUGGACGCCAGCAUAAUUUCACAUCAGCCCGUACUUCUGGGUUUGCCUGCUGCAGAGCUAUAGUUAGCGGGCCACCAAUGUUUUUGCACCCUCUGCUAGCAUGAGUGCCUCUUAAGCUGGCAAACCUAUUGGCAAGACCAUCUACUUUUUCCAUGGCACAAUUCCCCCUCCCCCAUCUGGAUUGGGCUGCCCAUCAACGAUAUUUAUGUUAAUCAAGUGAUAACCAAAUAAUGAAUUCUAAUGCCAACACAUCUAAUUUCAUGUAUUCCCUUAUAAGCUGCCAAUAGAGGCAUACUAAACUUUCCUAUAUGCUAUCUGCAAGUCUUUUGGAAAAAUUUGAUAGGGCAAGUGCAUUUUUGCCUAAGAUUAAACCAGUAACUGAAGUACAAUUUUAGGCAGAGCACCAGAGGGGUUGUGUAAUGAGAUUGGACUUAGGACCCAUAUAUCUGAAGAACCUUCUCUUACUUUAAGUCCCAAUGUAUCAGCCUUACAUCAAAAAUGAAAAAAAGAGUUUUAGAUUUCAUAGGAUACAAUCCUAAAAAUGCUUUCCUGCAGUAAUACCCAUUGAAUAAAAUGGGACUUGCAUCUGAGCAGAUUGCACCUUUCUAAGACCAUUGAAAGCAAAGGCAUUGUCAGGCAUUGAUAAUAAAAUUCUAAUAAAUCUCAAAUAGUAUGCCACUAAUUCUAUUGCAUACUAUCUAUUGAAUACUGUCACUCUUAAAUAUUAUCAUGGGUCCACUAUAAUUUGAUUUUGAAUAGUGAUAUCAAAUAAUUGAUCAGCAUUAAACAAUAUUCAUAGAUAUUCUCAAACUUUAUCAAAGGUUAAGGAGAAAUAUGGAGAAAGAAAUUAAUUAGAGCUAAGAAAGUACAAUUUUACUCACAAAAGAUUAUGCCCUGGAAAACUAGAUUAAUCUUUGAGGUACCACUGAACUUGAAAUUUGUUCUAGGGCAAAAAGAAUAAGUGCUUGUUUUUACAGCAAUCUAGUUAGACCUCCAUGAGGCAAUGUAAGACCAUAUUAUUCGAUUUCUCUGGAUGAGAGAACAAAUGGCAUCUCAUCCUCUCUAGACAUAUGAACAAUGCCUAGAUCACUUCUGUAUGAUACAUGGUGUAUAUUUAUGAUUUAAUGUGAAUAGUGAUUUGUUCUGUUGGACUUGUAUCAUAGGGAGUGUUUUUGCAUCAUUAACAGUCAUUGGUUAUGCAUGCAUCAACUGUCUAUGCCAUGCAAAGUAGUCACCUGGCAUACAUGGUAUGCCCAUAUUGUAAAGUAGAUGUCAUAUUGGAGCUGUUUCAAUAGGCAUUUAUAUGGCUGAAGAUUGCCUUAAGGGUUGUGCUGUAGUGCAAAUGUACUUUAAUGUGACAUAACCAUCUGAACUGAGGGUUUGGAAAAGCAGGAAUUAGUUCUUGGGCAUUCAGGCAGGCUACAUAAUAGCAUUUUUACACUAGCAUUAAGUUCUACAGAAGUUUUUGCCUACUUUUUGAAGUGGUUCUAGACAUCAAAAUCCAAUGAUUAUGCGAUAUUCAGUCAACCAAUUAAAAGAAACAACAUAAGAUUGCUCUUCACUUUCAUGGUUUAUUUCCUCAUCACAUUUGGAUUUUACAGUUCCUCCUAGAAGCUCAGAGUAGUGUACAUGCUACUAUCCUACACAACUAUACAUGUUUUUGUGAUAUUGCUUCUCUCAGUUAUGGCUUAAAUAUUAAAUCAUGCAACUAGCAAUGCAGGAAUUAUCACUCCGGGUACAGAUGUAAUGGAAGAGUGCAAAAUACACUUAAUAAAGACAAAGAGCUGGAUCCAGUUGUAAUCUUCAGGUAAUGGAAGAAGAGGCGUUUUUCAUCGCUUCCUUUUACUAUUACAGAACCUUGAUUUACCACUCAUGCUAUACCUUUGGUCACCUGUUCUCUAGGACCAGAAUUUUGGGCUUCAUUGAGAGUAGGGAAGCAAGAAAGUCCAAUUCAACCAACAGAAAUCCCUUCUGCCAGUGGGAAUUACCACUGGAUCCAACCAGUAUUAAUAUUUGGGGACAAAAAAAAUAUUGGCUCUGUGAAUUUCACUACCACUAUUGACAGCCAUAUCUUGAUUCAAAAAAGGAGGAACAGAAACUUUAGAAUAAGCAUCAACAACUACAUUAUUGUGAGAUUCUAGAUUAGGAGAUUUUGAAUUAGAACAAGAAUUCAGAAAAAUGUCCACAAACAUAUGUAAUAAAUCCAUUAAUUGUUAAACAUUUGUCAAAGUGCUGCAGUAAUAACAGAAAAGGAGGAAGUAUGAAUAAUCAUGUAAAUUAGAUGCAUACAAUCAUUGUAUGGCUAGAAAGGGUGUGAAACUGAUCUACUGCUCCCACCCUCUUGUCCUGAAAAAAGCCCCUCUACAAGUCAUAGAAAUUAAUUUAUAUCACCUGGAUAAAUUAGGGAAUGUUACAGGCAGAAAAGAGUAAUGUGUACAGCAAAUGAAGUCUGUAGUGAGCAGCCUUCUUAGGACUGCAUCAGUUCAGAAUGCAGGUGGGUGAUUGCAAAAAUUCUCUGUCAUAGUGGAAAAAAAAUAUUCCUUGUGCAUCUAGUGCAGUAGGGAGAAGACUAAGCUAGAACCCCUAAUCCCAGUGUGCUAGCUGGGAGUUUUUUAACUAACAUGGAACCAGACUUGAACGUGCAUUUCUCCCACUUGCCUGCUGAAAAGAUAUUGUAAUUUGAAGUGAUAUGAGAGUUCUAUCGUGUUUUAGCUUUGAUCGUGGUUUCAUACAGGCAAGCCAUUACUUGAUAUGGCUGCCACCAAAUGAUGAAUUUCCUUGUGUAUACUCUUCCUUGAUAAAGGGAAGGAAUGAGGCUAAACUAGUGUACAAUUGUAACGCAAUGAUGAGAACAUGUUUUCAUCCAUAGUAUGUGACUCAGCAGUCUGGCUAAUCACAUUACAUCCUUCUUUCUCUUGUACCACUCAUAUAUCGUCUGGCUGCUUGUGAACAGAAGGAUAUUCCCCCCCCCCCCACCAUUGUUUCAUAAAUAUUUAAGUGGAAUUAUUUUGGCCUCUGAGAUAAUAUGAAAUAAAAUCUCCAGAGCUUUACUUGAUGCAAACAGUUCAGAAGUAUCAUAUUAGGUUGUCAUCAUUAAAAUUGUUCUGCAGUUAUUAGAACAUACUUUCUCAACGUGAUUUAAUACUGGGAUAAUUCAGAAAUUCACAAACCAAAUUAAAAAGGGUCUUCAAGGUAUCUACAUUUGAUAUAAAUGGGGUCAUUUGAGGCAUCUCAGCAUUGAUAUAAAUUCCUACUGUGUGAGAUACUUUUAAUAGAUAAGGUUUCAUAAACUUGUUGUAAUGUAAAGUGACAAUUGCAUCACUUAUUUGCAUGAACAUCUGCCAGUGCACAGUGACAUCAUUUGGAGUAUAUUAUUAAUGGUAAACAAGCACAAAAGUUCUAAAUUAAGCACCCUUCAAAAUUCCAUUGAAUGGAUAAGAUUUGAGCACAUGUUUAAUCAGCAAGACUUAAAAAUUAUGAACUUCAGCUAAAACAUACAUAAGGAUUAUAGAAUAGAGAAAAACAUUAUUUAAUGUUUUGCUUGUGACUGAUUUGCAAACAAUGAAAAAAAACCCUCCAAGUUUUUUUCCGUGAAACAUCAUGGAACCCUCCUAGACAUAUCAUUUGUACUUCAGUCUUUUAUUCUUGAUAUAUUUAUUCAAUAGAUUGUUAUGUUGUAUUGGAACUGCAGCUAACAGGAACAUUUGAUUGUUGGUGUGAAUUCUGGGAUUAGAGAACAGCUUUGAUACUUAUUUUUGCACAAUGUUUUUGGAAAAAUCAAUUGUGAAGAUAUCAGUUACAAAUAAAACAAACAUUUUUUUCAUUCAGACAGACAAAAAUGGCUCAUCUGAAAAUAAUUAAUUCCACAUUCUUUUCAGGAUUAUUAUAAUUAAAAUACUUGCAGCUGGAUGGGUAUCAAAUACAAAAAACAAGACUUUUCAUAUUUCUGUAAUUUUUUCCCUGAUUACUGGUGUAUUUAAAAGGUAAUUUGCUUGAAUUAAUUAUUGAACAGUUAAUGCUUGAAUUAACUAUUAUUUUUACUUUUUUCUUCCAAAAUUAGAUUGUACUCUAGGGCUUUAUCUGCAGAUUUUGGGCUAGAAAUGGUUUCUUGAACCUUAAAUAAAACCUGCUGAGUUUCUGUUCAAAAUCUGGCAAAACAUAAAAAAGUGGCUUCCAAUGAACUCAGAAUGUCAAUCAGUGGCAGUUUUCUACUUGUACUGAGGAGCAUGAUUAAAAGCAAGCUUCAAAAGACAAGUGAUUGAAACCAAAGCCUUCUGCAUUGUCGCCUUAAUCUUUGAAAUUUGUUAGUAUGUCAUUUCAUAAUGGAUAUGUAACAUUAGCUUCAGCCAAGGAAUGAAAAAGGAAGGUGAGUGGAAUGCUAUAGGCAUCUAGUAAAAUUAGUUUCUUAACAGAGGAUUAGGAUUUUACAGCAUUCAUUCACUGAGGCGGAUUCUGUUUUUGUGCUCCUCUUCGGUUUUGUGCUUAUCUUUGAGCUCAUCUUCACCAUGGAUCUGACAAUAUGGGCUGUGGACCACAAAGGUUAAUGCCACAAUACAUUUGCUAAUUUUUAAGAUAUUGUAGAACUCUGAUGUUUCUACUGCAACAAAUAAAUGCAACCACCCCUCCUGUA